CGCUCUCAUUUCAGCGCCCCUCUUCAACUCUCGGAAACCCACGUGGGAAGAAGAUGGCAGCCGACAGGCUUCAGUUCCACGAGAUGGGCUUGGACGAUCGCCUUUUAAAGGCGAUCGCCGACUUAGGAUGGGCUGAGCCGACCCUUAUUCAAGAGAAAGCCAUUCCUUUGGCUCUGGAAGGAAAGGAUCUUCUAGCCAGAGCUCGAACAGGUUCAGGAAAAACAGCAGCGUAUGCUGUUCCUGUUAUCCAGCGGAUCCUUACCUCUAAGCAGACUGUGCGGGAGCAGGCGGUCAGAGCUUUGGUACUGGUUCCUACCAAAGAACUGGGUCAGCAAGUCCAGGCCAUGAUUCGUCAGCUCACUGCUUACUGUGCUAGAGACGUUCGGGUGGCAGACAUCUCGGGCAAAACAGAAUUAUCAGCACAGAGGCCCAUUCUGAUGGAAAAGCCUGACAUUGUGGUGGGCACACCAUCUCGAGUGCAAGUCCACAUUGCUGCCCAGAACUUGGUGCUGCACUCCUCUCUGGAGAUGCUGGUUAUAGAUGAGGCUGACCUACUCUUCUCUUUUGGCUUCGAGGCUGACCUUAAGAGCCUCAUCUGUCAUUUACCUAAGAUCUACCAAGCUUUCCUUAUGUCUGCUACAUUCAACGAUGACGUUCAGGCCUUGAAGGAGUUGGUUCUACACAAUCCUGUGACUCUGAAGCUACAAGGCUCAUACCUGCCAGAGAGCUCUCAGCUGCAACAGUACAGUGUGAAAUGUGAGGAGGAGGACAAGUUCCUGCUCAUUUACACACUCCUCAAACUGGGCCUGGUGCGAGGCAAAACGCUCAUCUUCGUGGGCUCCCUGGACCGCUGCUACCGACUCAAGCUCUUCUUGGAGCAGUUCAGCAUUCCUGCCUGUGUCCUCAACUCUGAACUGCCUGUUCACUCAAGGUGUCACAUCAUAUCACAGUUCAACCAUGGAUUCUAUGAUUAUAUCAUAGCCACAGAUGAGCAAGGGCUUGAACAACCAGCAUCCACUUCCCAGAGUGCAGAGGCCAAGGGGAAAAGGAAGAAGAAGAGCUCGGCAAAAAGCAGAACAGGCAAAGAUAAAGAAUAUGGUGUGUCCAGAGGUGUUGACUUUCAGAAUGUGGCGAAUGUCAUCAACUUUGAUUUUCCCACCUCUGUUGAAUCUUACGUCCACAGAGUUGGCAGAACCGCUCGAGCAGACAAUCGUGGCACCGCACUGACAUUUGUGUCCCAUUCAGAGCUUCCUUUGCUGGAGGAUGUUGAGAACGCGCUUGCUGGAGACAAUGCGGACUGUGUACUGAAGCCAUAUGGGUUCAAAAUGGAGGAAAUAGAGGGGUUUAGAUACAGAUGUCGGGAUGCCAUGCGCUCUGUCACCAAGCAAGCUGUGAAGGAGGCCAGAUUAAAGGAGAUAAAGCAGGAGCUGCUGAACUCUGAGAAACUGAAGACAUACUUUGAAGACAACCCCAGAGAUCUGCAGCUGCUACGUCAUGACAAAGACCUCCAUCCUGCUAUUAUCAAACCCCAUCUGAAAAACGUGCCCGAUUACUUGAUUCCACCCACGCUGAAGAAUAUGGUGAAUCCCCUCACACGACGAAAGAAGAAGAGGCUGAGGCACAAUCCAAAGGGAGCUGUGAAAACUGCCUUUAAGAAGAACAUCAGAGGCAAGAACCCCCUGAAGAGUUUCCGCUACACAGGAAAGAAGAGCCAAACCUAACACCACUGGGCUGACCAGAGCCAAAAUCCUCUCAGCGGCCUCCAGCGCUGACUGCAAGUUUGGUCUCUACAGACCAGUGGAGACACUGGGAUGUCACUGUUUAAUCAUUACCAUGAAAAGCUAUAUGGACAUUAUUAUUAAGUGGACACUCUUCUUACUGAACACAGGCAAACCAAGGACUGAGCUGAUAAUUAAGUGCCUAAAUGAUAAUUUAGCUGUGAGGCAAAUCAGAGGACAAUGAACAUCCCCACAGAGGAAAAAGCAUCUCCACGAAGGAGCUCCAAUAUUUCUAAGAUAACUUGUACAGAGAAAAGGCUACCAGAAGCCAGUUAGCAGUGUACAAAAGAGUUCAUGGAAACUCUCAGUAUUUCUUAUAUGAGGAACAUGUUCAGUGUUGGGUUUAAUUUAUCUGAGCCCCCAAGUUUUGUCAGCCCCUCUCACCAGUUGUUCCCCACAGUGGAACCAUGUCAAACUAAUUCAGUCAAAGAUUAGGAUUUUUUUUUUUUUGAUUGUGCCAUUGAGAUCUUGUUUGUCCUGCUUUGGAAUAAAACAAGUUCCCUCUCAA